AUGGACGCUGGAACCGCCGCCUAUACAAAUAAAACCCGGUCCCCCAACACGCAUCGAGGAGACUUUGGAAACAACCCAGUGGCAAGCCAUCAACAGAUGUAUCAACUGCAAUACACCAGUACCAACGACCUAAUAAGCCCCAAUUUCUCCAUGACAUCUCAGUCGCACAUGCCAGGGUCAAGGAAGGCAUCCAUGACGUCUGUAUCGGCCAUGUCGAUGAACAAGCUCUUCCGGAGGAAUAAAGGAGUAGACGGAGGGAUGGCUCAAUUUGAUGAAGAAAAGGGUGCAGAUAUUCAGGACUUGACGGGCAGCGUCUCGUUUGAUGAUAUUUCCCAUAUCCGAGAUAGAGGCCCCUACGGCAUGACUGGAACCAAAACGUUAGACACUACUCCCAUUAUUCCUAUGGUGAGCACCGGAGGUUCCUCCAAAAAUAACAUCCAGUAUAGAAAACAGAUGAACCACCAGAUGAAGAUGCACUUGACCAACGGAGCACGGGCCAUGUCGUUGGCCGGCGGUAAUCCCAUGUCAAAUCAGAACCAAGAUCCAAGAGCCAUGUCCUUCAACUCGUUUAGCAACGGCAAUCCUCCUAGAACCAUGUCGAUGGGGAUGCCGCAGGGCAGUAGUACUCCCAAUGGCCCGCGUGCCAUGUCCUUACGGACGGGCAACCCAAUGCAAGGGUAUAUGCCCAGUGGGGUGCCCAUACAUAUGAACCAGAUGCAAAUGGGAAUGAACCCGAACAUGCCCCGAUCAAUGUCCAUGACCAACCAGAACCCGAUGAUGAACGGAGUACCGAUGCACGGGCAGAUGAAUGCACGGAUUCCUAUGAAUGGGAUGCCUACGACAAACAGUCAAAUGGUGAAUGGGCAACUGUACGGCCAACCAAUGAUGAACGGUCAAAUGAUGAGUGGACAAAUGAUGAAUGGUCAAAUGAUGAGUGGACAAAUGAUGAAUGGACAAAUGAUGAAUGGACAAAUGUAUGGCCAGCCAAUGAUGAAUGGGUACCCGAUGAACGGUCACCCCAACGGGCAAAUGAACAGUCAGAUAUACGUUCAAGGUGGAAAUCUUUCCACCCCAGACAACCACAACUCAAGCGAUUCUCUCAUGAACGUGGUCGAGGAAAGAGAAGAGGAAGACCAGCAUACUUUAAAUGAUGUGAACUCCCAAACAUCAAAGUCAAGACGUAUUCCUCCUCCUUUGGCUUUGGAAGAAAACGAAGAUGACGAUGAUAUGGUUUACAAAUUUGACAAUGAAGAAGACACUGAUGCUUUCCUGCUUUCUAGAAAAUCCACAUUGAAGAAGAGUAACUCCAUGAGAUUGCGGAAGUUGAACUUGUUCAACAAUAAUGAUAUCGAGGAAGAAACUCUACCUAAUACUCCAACAAACAGUAGUCCCCUCAACGGCUACGUAAACAGCAAUGAAACGUCUCCUUCGUUCAAUAUCAGACAAAGUAGGGAAAUGGAUGUUUUAAGUAAGAGCGGAAGUGAUGAAAUCAACAAGCAUUUAUACGGCAACCAGGAUAAAUUCAACCAAUUGGGAGCCACUGCCGUUAACGAGUCCACUUCCAGUGAUGUUUACUACACGGCCAAUGAUCUCAACUCCCCUACUAAGAAUUUACCAUCUCCUAAUAUCCGGGACUCAUUUACUUCUAAAGAUAGCGGAAAAAGUGCUUCUUUACAAAACACCUCGACUCCCGAAGAUUCAAACAAGACUAUAGACGUGGACUUGACUAGUGAUAUUGAUACUGAGAAUGAAGAUGACGAUACCUGGAACGGAACAAGCUCGCCUAAGCCAAUCAGCAAGCAACAGUCAAUAAGAUCUUUGACUGAAAACACUGCUUUCCACAAUUUUAGAAGUGCUUCAUUUGGAAAGUCAUCGCAGCUUUCCAACCAAGUUGAAAACGUUCAAAUAAAGAGCAACGAUUCUUCGGUAAAGAGUAGCCUGAGUGCCUCAAAGGAAAACUACCAAACGAAUCCUUCUACUGCCAAUACUUCAUCGGUCAACAUUGAAAAGGCUGAAAUCGAAAAGGCUGAUAUGAAAAACAUCACUGACUCUACAUUAGUUGAAAGCCCUGGCAAUGAGAGCAUCGAGAUCAAGACGUCGGAAGUAGUAGGUGCAAAGGAGAAACGGGGUUCGAGGAUAAACAUUUUCAAGAGACUCUCCAAGUCUAAAAGAGGAAGUAUUGCAGAAGAUGAAGACAGUUUCCACGAAAGUUCAGCUCGUUCAUCUAAACGUAACUCUUUGACUUCCACUCCAACAUCAUCAAGACGUAAUAGUGCCAGACGUAUUUCAUUACAAGCACCACCACCAGUUAUCAACCCAACUCCUGUGAAGUUUACGAAAGAAGAGUUGGGAAUCAUGACUGCCAACAAUGACUUGCUUAACGAAUUGGAAUUGGUCACAACUGAAUUGGCAUCAUCUAUCAGAAGAGAAUUGAAGUUGGAAUCUCAGAUCAGAAAGCCUUCACAAGGCAAUUCUCAAGGCACAGCUUCAGGUGUUUUGGAAAAAGAGAUUAGAGAAAAGCUGAAGGCCCUCAGUGACCUUCAAGACAAGCUCACCAAAGAAAGAAGAUUAAGAUUCAUCAGCGAAGAACAUGCUUUGUUGAUGGAGCACGGCCAGACUCCAAGCCCAUUGAAGUUGAACUACGAGAAGACCGAGUUGCACCGACAAUUGAUUUUGAAGAACGAUUUAUGCAACCAAUUGCAGGAUAAGUUGAAUGAAUAUCAAUCAAGAGAAGAUGAAAUAUCCAACCAACAAAUGACCACCAAAGAAGACACCAAUUUACUUAACAGAUAUAAUGAACUCUUGAAGGAGAAUGCCGAGUUGAAGUUGAGUGUGGUGCCAGAACUUGAGAAGAGAUUGGCUACUUUGGAAACGAACUCACAGAACUUAUCACCCAACAGAUCUCCGAACUUGAGUCCAACUCAUCUCCCCAAGAACCAGAGAGUCUUGUCAUUGGUGCAAAAUUCCAGCUUUACGUCGUUCAACGACUCUUACAACGAAGACAUGAACCAAUCGGAAGACCAAUUCGAAAUCAACUCCUUGAAGAAACAAAGAGAUGACCUUAGAGAAGUGGUUACCAAAUUGAACUCUAGUCAUAGUUAUGAGAUGAAAUUGGCCAGUGAAAAGUUGAAGAUGCUAGAGAGUAGAUUGAAAGAACAGAUGAGCAUGAACGAGAAGCUUAGAGAAAGAUACGGAAACUCGUCCAUUGCAAGCAGUUCUCUCAAUGCUAAAGGAGGCAAGCUUCAGGGUUUCACUAUAGUUUCCCCUACGAAGAGCUUAUUUGACGAUUAA